CGAGCCCCACAAGGCAGAGCGCGGCAUACAGGGGAGGGCAGGCAGCACUGGGCAUGCGCCGAGGCGGCUUUCGCAGGGAGGCGGGGGGCACAAGGAUGGUCAUACACAAUGGAUUGUUUGGAUGCGGCGGCGCAUGGUCUCGGAAUGCUCAAGUCAACAGCAUGGACUUUGUACACUGCACCUGCGUCCUUUACUCCUUUGUUUGUGGCCAAGACCCAUACCAAGACCGGCUACAUAUACACGAUACAGCUCGAGCCGGUGACGACGAGAGCAUGGAGGUCCAGGUCCAGCAGAGAGGAUCCCCUGCCCCUGCGGCGGAGCUGGAGGUCUCCCUCCGCGAGUUCACCCUGUCGGACGCGGACGCGGAGGCGUUCAUGUCGUGGGCGUCCGACCCUCGCGUGGUCCGCUUCCAGCGCCGCGACGCCUACGAGCACGUGGACCAGGCCCGCCGCUACAUCGCCGACCACGUCCUGCCGCACCCGUGGUACCGCGCCAUCUGCGCCGGCGCGGGCGCGCCCCUCCCCGUGGUGGGUUCCAUCUCAGUGAAGGCCGGGCCCGCCGAGGACGGGCGGCUGUUCAGGGCGUCCGUGGGGUACCGCCUGGCGCACGCGCACUGGGGGCGGGGCAUCGCGACGCGCGCGGUGCGAGCGGCGGCCGCGGCCGUUUUCACGGCGUGGCCCUGGCUGCUGCGGCUGGAGGCCGUGGCGGACGUGGACAACCCGGCGUCGCAGCGCGUGCUGGAGAAGGCCGGGUUCGCCAGGGAGGGCGUGCUGCGGAAGUACGUCCUGCUCAAGGGCCGGCCCAGGGACAUGGUCAUGUUCAGCAUCGUCGUCGAGACGGAGCAGGACAAUCCGGAUGGGCUGUAGAUCGUGGGCCGCGAUGCUAUGGGCUCCUGGCCUUUCGCUGCUGCGUAACGUUCCAGGCAGCCAUGUAUCAUGUACUGUAUGUAUGAUGAUAGUAUACCACUGUGUGUAUGUGAUAAUCUGGAAAGGAAAUAGGAAAAUGAAUAAUCGUACCAGUA